GGGCAGGCUAGAGAUUGUGCAGUAUCUCAUCUCCAAAGGCGCGAAUGCCGAGUUCAAGGACAAGUGGGGGUUUAACGCGUACCAGACAGCGCUGCAACUGGGGCAUCCGGAGAUCGCCGACUUUCUGAACCACAACGCUAUGUUUACGUUAAAAACGGAGUUGACGGUGGACGAUCCCGUGACUGCGGCCUUUGACAGGCAGUUGGAUGAGGACAGUCAGAUGCAGUGCUGCAAGCGCUUCGGUCGCAAUCGCAGCAUGAUGCACACGGCCUUCAAAGGAUUGCUGAGCGAACUGGCACACAAGGGCCAGUGGGAAUUCGCCGAGUUUUGGACUGUCAGCCCUGAGUUCAGUGUGCUGCAAUUCUGCCAGGAAUGCUCCUGUAUCAAUGCACACGACGAUGAUGAUCUCGAGACUCGAUUAACGCGGUUCCGCAAUGUGAGUCAGGGGUUGCUGAUUGAGUAUAACAUAUUCUUUGGCGGAAGUGUUCUGGCUAAAAGACGGCCCGCGUGGUUCACGCACCUGCAACGGCUGCCGCAGUUCAGCUUCUUCCGGUCGCCCAUGUGUAAGGUGGCUGGUCUUAAGACAUGUUUGGCAUUGCCCGUGAGCCCAGAUGAGAGUCUGGGUGAGAUGUUGGGGGCAGUCAUCCUGUUUGGUUGCGAGGAUAGGGAACCGAACGAAGAGCAAGUACUGCCGCUGAUGGAUGCGAUCACAUCUGUGGCUCGCAUUGUGACUGGCAAAGCACGUUUGCCAAAGGAGUUAAUCUCCAAAUGGGAGUAUGCGGGUAUUGUCUGCGAUUCGCUAGAGGCCCAGGUAG